AAUUCUUGCAUCGCGAUUUAGCUUUCGGGUUUGUUUAUAAGACAGACUUUGUUCAACUUUCAACUUCAACCUUCCCAACUAUUGACGAUCGCUUCACGAUACACUGAACUAUCUGAAGGUUUCGCCUUUAGAGGUUUGUAUACCGUGCAUCAUGGAUCCUCCGAAUAUCUCGCCGCAAUUGGAUCGGCUUGACGAUGAAAUUGAUAACCUCGAGGAGGCCUUACAGCCCAUCCUUGGUAACAUCUCGGAUGUGGCCAACAAGCUACCUUUAUUAGACAAGGCGAAGCUGUUUGUACUCGUGACGUAUUCUAUUGAAUCUAUGUUGUUCUCCUCCCUUCGCCUCAACGGUGUGAAUGCGAAGGAACACCCCGUUUUUAAGGAACUUACUCGCGUGCGACAGUACUUCGACAAGAUCAAGAAUGCUGAAAACCCACCACAAAAGCUCGAGAGACCUGACCAGACUCUGAAUAAGGAAGCCGCUAUCCGAUUCAUCAAGGCUGAUUUGGCCGAGAACAAGGACAAGCUAGUAAAUACCAAGCUAUCCGAGAUGAUUGCCAAGGAGCGCGCCAAAGCUGCUCUCAAGGCCGCUCAGCUCGGUAGUAAACGAAAGGCCGAAGAACCUGCUUCCUCCGACCAAGCGAGUGCCGCAACCAAUACUGAGGGGACCGACUUAGAAGCUUCGCAGAAGAAGAAAAGAAAGGAAAAGAAAGAAGGCAAGAAGCAUAAGGAUAAGAAGAAUAAAAAGGCUUCAACCUGAGAUCUGAGAAUCGUGGCCCUUGCCAUUACCUAUUCCAGGUCGGAACUAUUCCGGAACAGUGAUACGUUUCUGGUACCACCGUAGGAAAUUACCUUCAGGCCCCAGUACGACUGCCAUAUUUUACCCCUUAGUGCGUAAGCUCUGCGUGUAGGGAGACCAUCAGUUCUCCUCAGAGCAUCGGAGCUUGGUUUACGGCAUCGACAGAGUUAAGGAGAUUAUUACUCAUACUCAUUGAUGCUAAGCUUGGUUGGUCUGAUUGGUCACUACACGGCCAUAUCGGUAAUCACUGGCUAUAUCUAAGCUAGAUAUGUCUAAUACUGGCUUCACUACUCCUGAACUUUAGGUAGACGUGGGUCUACGGACAUACCCACAAACAUCAUGAGUUGUCAUCAAAAUUGAAUAUCAUACCUACCACUUUCGCAAGAACUCAAAUCACAAGCGUAAAAGUUUACAAGAACUAAUGCUGAAUCAAGUAGGAUCCAAGGUAAGAGAUAGUAAUGUGAAG